UACAAUUAAGAAUUCAAGACUGAUUGCGUUAUUAUUUUGAUUUGUGCUCUAAUAUUCCACAUUCGCGUUUCCAACCCCGGCACUAGCAGCCACUGGUACCUUCUGACCAAGAUGGGGGUUUUCGUGAAGAAUGCAACUCUCUCCGUGAGCAUAUCGCUGACGGUGCUGAAGCUGACCGGAUUCUGGGCUCCGGAGACCCUCGGCCCAAAGCAGAGGACCCUCUAUAAAGUAUUUACUGCGGUUUCCUUUAUGUUCGUUCUGGGUACCUACUUGAUCAUUCAAGUUGUGGAUUUAUUCCGCAUUUGGGGCGACAUAGCCCUUAUGACGGGAACAGCUUUCUUGUUGUUCACAAAUAUGGCGCAGGCUGCGAAGAUUGUGAACAUCUUGGGCAGGAAGAAGAGGAUACAGGCUAUUGUUAAAGAUGGAAAUGAUGUUCUGUCUGGUGUCCAGAGUAGAGAGGAAAGAGAAAUCGUUAAAAGUUGCAAUCUUGAGAUGAUCGUUCUUCAGGCGCUGUACUUCUCUGUCACCUUUAUCACCACCCUUGGCUGGGCUACUAGCGCAGAAAAACAUCAACUGCCUUUACGAGCAUGGUAAGAUGACAUAAUGUGGUAUUAUGUA